AACAUUAGAAUCUGUACACAAUCUGAUCCAGCGAUGCAAUUAUUAGUGGCUGAGCAAAACAGCUUAAAAAGGGUUUUCCGAGAUCUCUGAUUUCUCAUUAGCUCAGUUUUUGCCUAAGAAAAAAGUUUCUUUUGUUCCAAACGAAUUAAGGAAGAAGACCAAGAGAGAGAGAGAGAGAGAUCAAUUACAUAAGUUUCCCUUUGGGAUUUGCAAAAUAGAAUAAGUUGUGUCUUAGUACUAAUUAUCUAGAAGAAGAGAAAAAUAUAGGAGGUUUGUAUAAAUAGUUAGUCACUGGACUAGCUAACUAGAAAUUAAGAGAAGAAAAAAAAGAUCAGAUCAUAGGUAGAGAGAAGAUAUGGGAAGUGGUUAUUUUGGAGAGCCAAAUUUGGGAUCAUCAAACGAAAGAGGUGGAAAUGGAAUAAUAAGUGGGUCUUCUAAUAAUUCAUCAAGGAAAGGGAAGAAGUCUAGUUCAGAGAAACCAAGACAACCCCAAAGAGGACUUGGUGUUGCUCAAUUGGAGAAAAUCAGAUUACAUGGCCAGAUGGGUUGUGCUACUAAUAAUAAUACUACUACUACUACUUAUGCCGCUCAUCCUUCUCUUCAUUCCACCAAUUACCCUUCUAAUUUCAGUAACGUCGAUGAUAUGAGACUCCAUACAGCUUAUUCAGCAAUACCAUCGUCUUCUUUUUCUUAUUCUUCUUCUUCUUCCUCUUCCUCAGCCUCUUAUGGUUUCAAUCCCAAUAUCAUGAUGGGGCUGGGUGAAUAUGAAAGAGCAAAUAUCAGAUAUGGAGAUUCCCAACCUACCACAACAGCAAGAUGGGACCCUAUUAAUGGCAUGUUAGAGACCCAAUAUACGCCGCAGCCCAGCAUGACCAGACACCUCCUUAAUCUCCACGUAGAGGAAUCUCAUCAACACACGUCUAAUAAUCAAAAGCACAGAAGUAAUUCACUGGGUAGUAGUCAGAAUUCUGAAUCAAGUGACACUCAAGAACUAGAUUUGGAGCUAAGACUCUCACUUUGAUCGAUGGUGCCAUUUCAUUAUAUGAUCAUGAGACAUUAUUAAUUAAUAAUGUUACUAGCUAUCUCUCUCUCUCUCUGCGCCAUGCCUCAAAUAUUAAUGCACACGUAUGUGGGUUGUGAAGUAAUAAUGCACAUACGUAUAUAUAUGUUGGUUCUUAAUUUAUACAAUUUUUUAUGCUUUAUGAAUAUAAGUACUUGGAACAUAUUUGCAAAAAUUAAUGUUCGAGCAUGAAGUUGUCUCAUCAUAUAAACAUAUAUAUAGUUUUGCCGAAUAUAUAUAUUGAAAAAAAAACUAC